AAGUCACGUGAUCGUUGACCUCUUCCUUCUCUGAUCGUCGUGCAAGGAGAAAGUCGGCCGAAUCCAUUUUUUCUGUGGAAAACAUCUGAGUUUGCUUUGAACAUGGCGUCCAAAUGCAAGGCCUCGGAGCAGCUGUCUGACUAUGCUAAAUCUCAAUCGAAUGUGGCAGGCCUGACCACCAGUGCUGGUAUCCCUGUGGACACGAAUACAAGCAGCAUGACGGCUGGCCCCCGCGGACCCCUCCUUAUGCAAGACACCCAGUUCAUGGACGUCAUGUCUCAUUUUGACCAUGAGAGGAUCCCUGAGCGAGUCGUCCAUGCCAAGGGCGGCGGUGCCUUUGGGUACUUUGAGGUUACCAAUGAUAUCACUAAGUACUGCAAGGCCAGGAUCUUUGAAACUGUUGGGAAAAAGACUCCAUGUCUGGUCAGGUUCUCCACUGUGGGUGGUGAGGCUGGAAGUGCUGAUACAGCCAGAGAUCCCCGUGGUUUCGCCAUGAAGUUCUACACAGAUGAGGGCAACUGGGACCUUGUCGGAAACAACACCCCUAUCUUCUUCAUCCGGGACCCAAUUCUGUUCCCCAGUUUUAUUCAUACACAGAAGAGAAAUCCUGUUACACAUUUGAAGGAUGCCAACAUGUUUUGGGACUUUAUCACUCUUCGUCCUGAGACCACCCACCAGACGUCUUUCCUGUUCAGUGACCGAGGCAUCCCUGAUGGGUUCCGCCACAUGAACGGCUAUGGAAGCCACACCUUCAAGAUGGUGAACAGCAAGGGGAAGGCUGUGUACUGCAAGUUCCAUGUGAAGACGGACCAGGGAAUCAAGAAUUGCCCAGUCGAGAGAGCUACAGAGCUUGCAGGCACCGACCCAGACUACAGCAAUAGGGAUCUUUAUAAUGCCAUUGCUGAGGGGAACUUUCCAUCUUGGACCAUGUACAUCCAAGUGAUGACAUUUGCUGAAGCAGAGAGCCACAGGUUUAACCCAUUUGACCUUACCAAGAUCUGGCCCCAUGCAGAGUUCCCUCUCAUCCCUGUUGGAAAGAUGGUGCUGAAUAGAAACCCCAAGAACUACUUUGCGGAGAUUGAACAGAGUGCCUUCAACCCAGCUAGCAUGGUCCCAGGGAUUGAGGCUUCCCCUGAUAAGAUGCUGCAGGGUCGCUUGUUUUCCUACCAUGACACCCACCUUCACCGACUUGGCACAAACUACACCCAGCUUCCAGUCAACUGUCCAUUCAGGACCCGUGUUGCCAACUACCAGCGGGAUGGACCCCAGACAUUUGACAAUCAGGAAGGUGCCCCUAACUACUUCCCCAACAGCUUCUCGGGCCCCAUGGAUGAUGUGGCCAAGUACUCCCCUUCUCAAUUCACUGUUUCUGGGGACUGCGCCCGCUACAACAGUGCUGAUGAUGACAAUUUUACCCAAGUGACGACCUUUUGGACUAAAGUGUUAAAUGAUGAAGAGCGCAUGCGGCUAGUAAAGAACAUCGCUGGCCACGUGAAGGACGCCAAGGACUUUAUCCAAAAACGAUGCGUGCAACAAUUCACUAAGGUUCACCCAGACUUCGGAAAUGGAAUUGCGCGAGAGCUGCAAAAACAUCAAAAGAGUGCGUCUUCGGUCGCAGCACACGCCGCCCUCUGAGUUAUUCACGUGCACUUCACGUGACGUGUUCUUAAACAACAGCAAACGGUAGACGUAAAUGGUUAUGGUACUUCUGGCCUCACGAUACCCGUGUCUGGUCUUCCUCGUGUCUGUGUAGUGUAGCCAUUUAGUGGUGUGGCGAUUGCAUGUGGCGAGCACGUGAUAAAAAAACAGGUUAAACAAGAAUGAACACUUGGCUUCAAAAUGGUUAAACAAGAAAUAAUUGUUGUUGUAGUGAUACAUUAGUAUCAUUAUCAGUACAAAUGAUAAACACGUGAUUGACAAGAGGUUAGACAGGAUGAAAACGUGAUUUGAAACAGGUUAGACAGGAAAUCACUGACGCUGUAGUGAUGCUGUGUAUCAGUGAACAUAUGAUGAACACAAGAGUAUAAACACAGCAAGUGAUCGUAGCGUGUUCUAAACCAGGAUUAUAACAUUUGAAAAGGGCAUAUCUGAUUGUCAGAUUGGAAAUCUUUAGAAAUGGACUUGUCUGUGUCGUGAUUCCAAUUUUAUGUAUGCUUAAUAAACUGUUCAGUGUGAAUGAUUAAA